AUGGCUGUUUCCAAACGCAAAAAGCAAGUACAGAUCAAAACUGCCCCGGUUGCAAAUAAAGAUGGCAUUCCAUAUGACUACUUAGUUGUUAUCGACUCGGGAUCCAAAGGUUCCAGAGUGUACGUGUACAACUGGUUGAACCCUCAGCAUGCCUUAGAAGCCGGGAUUGAUUUGUCACUGGGCCCUCGACUUAAUUUGGUAAGAGAAUUCACAAGAGAUAAGAGCGGCGAAGGUAAGGAAGACCAGGACCAGGACACAGAUUCCGACACAGACUCGGAUGCAGAAUCCGACCUUGAACCAAAUGACAAGUCAGGCUCGGUAAGGUUUCCCAAGAUUCAUUCAGGAAAAAAAUGGCAUCACAAGAUGACGCCAGGAAUUUCAAGCUUCAACCAGAGUCCUCAGAAAGUUGGUAAUCACCACUUGAGUUAUCUUCUCUCGUUGGCUAGUGUUGUGGUUCCCAAGUCAGAACAUUCAAGAACACCAAUCUUCUUACAUGCCACAGCAGGUAUGCGGAUCCUUCCUCCCAAUGAGCAGGAACCUAUUUUAGAGAAUGUGUGUCUUUACUUCUCCUCCAACUCGGAUUUCUACAUUCCGGAUUGUAAGUCUCACGUCAAUAUUAUCGAUGGAGACGUGGAAGGUUUAUAUGGCUGGCUUUCCAUAAAUUACAUGUUGGGAGCGUUUGACCACCCCGAAGAUCACCAGCAUGGCAAGAAUCACAGCACUUAUGGGUUGUUGGAUAUGGGAGGUGCAUCUACUCAAGUGGUUUUCCUGCCUAAUUCUACAGAAGCUGCUGAACACAACAACAAUUUGUAUAAAAUAACUUUAAGUGCGUUGCCCCAACUUGCAAAUUCAGACAAACGGGAAGAUACCAUCGGUAAUUACCUGCUCCCCGAGCUGAAGGAAUAUGAUGUGUAUUCAGAUUCCUUCUUGGGAUUUGGCAUGUUCCAAGCUCGUAACAAGUACCGAAAAUUCCUACUUGACGAUUACCGGAAAGCACAAGACUUGCCAGAAGAUGCCUAUCGAUUCCGUACACCUAUCUCAGAUCCUUGUUUGCCAAAAGGCUUUACAACCACUGAUGAAAUAAAUUCCCACAAUUUGGAUUUCAUUGGCGAGAGCAACUUCGAAGGUUGUUUGAAGUCUAUUUUCCCCGUGCUUUCGAACGCUACGCAUACAUCAGGAACUGGCAAAUUUGAGGGCGAUUGCCAGCAAUUGAGCGAGACAAGCCGCGUGAGCUCAUGCUUGCUAAAUCAAUUCAUACCAUCUUUUGAUUUUGACAUCAACCAUUUUGUUGGCGUCAGUGGAUACUGGGAUGCGCUCAACAAAUUGCUAUCCACUGAUACCAAUCCCUCCAAAGAUGAAUACACUGAGAAGUAUGAUUACAAUGUGAUCUACAAAAAGACAAAAGAGCUAUGCUCGCAACCACUUAAAGAGUUAUUGCAAUUAAACCACCUCAAAACCAAAAAAGAGAGAUUGAAGGAGGAUGAGUUGGCCGAACUUUGUUUUAAGUCUUCUUGGAUCCUCAAUUUUUUGCAUGUGGGGCUAGGGUUCCCCAGAUUUGGAAUAGAUGAAGUGCCCAACAAAGAUGAAAAAUUCAAAUCACUCGAAUUAGUUGAAAAAGUGGGAGGGUCGUCAUUUUCGUGGACUAUGGGGAGAGCCAUCCUAUAUGCCAACGAUGAGUACGCCCAGGCUUUCAAUAACUACACUUUGAAAGUCCGGGGCGAGAACAAAGAUCCAAUUCCUCGCCCAGGAUAUUUGUUUUCUGCUGCAGAAGGAUCCUUCUAUUAUGGCGCCGAACCAUUAGGUGUGCCUCCUCGUCCGCUUUAUACACCAGCAGUGGAAGGUGCUACAUAUCCACACUUUGACUACGAGAAGAAUUUCAAAGACGGAUCGGAGCUGAAAUGGUACAUUCAACCACAUCGGUUCUAUGGAGAAGUCAUUUUUGUUUUGCUUAUUGCGGGAACGAUUUUCUUAAUGAUGGGCAGAUCUGGAAGAUCUUUAAUUAUUCAGAGAUUGUUCGACAAGGUGUCUAAUGUGAAGCGAAUGGUACUCGCGAAAUUCGGUGUUCACAAUGGAGCUUAUUUGAGUGUCGCUGGAGAAGAGAAUACGCUUCCUAACUUUGAAUUGGAGGAUCUUCCCAGCUCUGCAAAAUCUAGCACCAAUGACGAUGAACAAUUCACAAUUGACAGCGAAGAAGAAGUAUGA